CAGGGCAUUUAGCUUCACUUAACAGAGGAUUUCUGUCUAUUAUUCUUAUAUAUUGGCACAUUAUUCAUAUAGACGCUUCUGCUGACUGACCUGAACUGAGGUUACCUUUAACAUGUGCUUGUUUUGAGCCCAAUUUUUUUACAAUUUUUUUAGUGAAUAGUCAAAAAUUACCCAGCCAGUCUGCUAACUGAGGUAGCCUCCUAUAUAUAUUGUGUUUUGGAGAUGGACAAGUUUUUAGUGCGUCUGCCUAAAGGUGAAUCACCUAAAAAGGCGAAGAGCAAUGGAAAGGUUUAUAAGCAAACGACAAUUGAAUCUUUAAGGAGGGUUGUCGUGAUUGAAGACAUCAUGCGCUACAAGUCCAUGCUGGAGCUGCCGGAGCAGAACAGGGACAACCUGCUGUCCGCCCUGACGGAGCUGAGCAAGAAGAUCCCAUCCAGGGAGGUGCUCAAGUCCACAAAGAUAGGUCACACUGUCAACAAAAUGCGGAAGCAUCCGGACCCUGAGGUGAGUUCAAUGGCAGCAAAGGUUUACACGGACUGGAGGACGUUCAUUGAGGAGAACUCCAAUAAGCCGUCUAUUGAAGUUCGCUCCGACAAACAAUCUGAAGGACUGAGGAGCAACGCUAGGAGACUAAUGGCUGAAGCCCUGGAGGUCAAGGAGGAUUCUGGUCUCAUAGACAACAUUGAGAGAGAAGUGUUUCACCAGAGCUCUCGGUUAGUCAGCAGCUCAUACAGACGGACUGUGAGAGCGCUGGUCUUUGCCUUCAAACACAACCCUGACAUCAGAACUCAAGUGAAGGACAGCACGACGUCAGUCAACCAGCUGGUUUCUAAAUACAAGAAAUAACUGACUGCACAUCAAAAACUUCAAUAUGCUUUACUUGAAAGUUGUCGAAGCUUUUGAUGCUUGUACAUUCUAUUGUUUUUUCUUUCUUUUUCUUUUUCUGUGAAGGAGAUAAAAAAAAUGCCUUUACAUUUUGUGGCACAUCGGUACUCUUAAACUAUUUUAUGACUUCAUGAAUUGUUAAGAAUAUGCAUUUUAUUGUUGGUGUGGAUGAUAAUAAUGCUAUUCUUUUAUACGAGAAUCAUGCAUGAUUUUUUUUGUGAAUAGGUGCAUUG